CAUCUGCAUCUCCCCUCUUUCACCUCAAAGCCAUUCCUGCUUUUCCAGCUCAUGCAGAAAUCCCUGAGAUUUUAUUGUGUCUUUGUUGUUUCCUCUUUUCCCUUUCUCCUGCUUAAAAAGAUGCCGAAAACUCCCAAAGAAAAAUUCUUUCCAUGUGAUCCCAGCACUUUCCCUCUUGGCUGGAACUCUGGAUGUGGUUUUGGGUUGUGUGGUGGAGUUUUUUUCAUCUUUUUUUUUUUUUCUUUUUAAUUUUAUCCUUUUUUUUUUUUUCAGUUUUUAUUUCCAUCCCUGGGAGAGGCCCUGCAGAAUUCCAGACUGGCAGCAAACCCCGAGGAAACCGGAGCAGGACAACGGUGCAGGAGCCCGGCACAAGUUGGUGCAAGCAAAGAAAACCAGGAAAAAAUUCCUUUUGCCAAGGUUUCCUAAGGAUCCAGCCUGACUUUCCGUGUUUCUCUUGGAUCUCAGCACGGAAGCUGACAGCAGCAGCUGAGGAACAGCAGGGGAAGGAAAAUCCAGGGAUUCUGAGGCACCAGCUGCUGCCGAGGAUGAGCGCCGUGAUCCUGCUGCUCCUGCUUUCCGUCGGGAACGCCGGAUCCCAGCCGGACCAGGCGCUGCCCAGGCGGCGCCUGGCGUGUGUCAGGUGCUGCGGGCCCUCAGAGCAGCCCGUGUCCAUCUUCUCCCAAAGGUCGGCCAGGAUGAGCGGCCAUCCCGAAUAUUCCGUGCCCAAAAUCCAACCCACCAUCGACAUCACCAUCCUCAAAGGCGAGAAGGGCGAGAUGGGCGAGCGGGGAUUCCCUGGAGCAGCCGGGAAGGCGGGAGAGCGAGGAUCCCGCGGCCUGAGUGGCCGGAAGGGCCAGAAGGGCCAGCCCGGCCCUCAGGGCCACUCCUGCAAGCAGCUCUUCGCCGCCUUCUCCGUGGGCCGCCGGAAGCCCCUGCACAGCUCCGACUACUUCCAGCACGUCACCUUCGACACGGAAUUCGUCAACCUCUACCAGCACUUCAACAUGUUCUCCGGGAAGUUCUUCUGCUACGUCCCGGGGAUUUACUACUUCAGCCUCAACGUGCACACCUGGAAUUUCAAGGAGACCUACGUGCACCUGAUGAGGAACGAGGAGGCCACAGCCAUCCUGUACGCCCAGCCCAGCGACAGGAGCAUCAUGCAGAGCCAGAGCCUGAUGCUGGAUCUGCAGGAAGGGGAUGAGGUUUGGAUCAGGAUGUUCAAGAGGGAGAGGGAAAACGCCAUUUAUAGCGAGGAGUCGGAUGUUUACAUCAUCUUCAACGGGCACCUGAUCAAACCCGCCCUGGAGUAGGAGCUCCUCAGCUCCAGGGAAAAGCUUUGGGCCAUCCAGCAGUGUUUUCCCUCUUGAAGUGCAUCUUGAAUUCCAUCUGGAAUGGUUGUAGCCCUGGAAGAGUUGUUUUUCCGCAUCUGUGUGGAUCCAAGCUGCACAAGAAUUCCAGAAGGUUCCCAGCUCCCUUUGUGGCCCCUCAGGAGCGUCCCUGGAGUUUGUCCAUUUGACAGCAAAAAUUUCCCUUCUUUCUCUUGCAUCUCCCAUUCCAUUUGGAAUAUUGGCGGCUCUUGGAAGGGUGGCUUCUCCACUCAUUUAUGGAUGGAGGGAACUGUUCCAACUGCACAAGGAUUCCAGAAGUUUUCCAACUCUCUGGAACAUCCCUGAAGAGUUGCCAAGUUGACAGCAAAAAAUUUCCUCCUCCAAUUCCAUUUGGAAUAUUUGUAGCCCUUGGAAGGGUGGUUUUCCACCCCUGUAUGGACAAAGGUGACUGUUCCACCUGCACAAAAAUUCCGCAAGAUUCCCAUGUCCCUGUAAAGACCCUCGGGAACAUCCCUGAAGAGUUUGUCAAGUUGGCAGCAAAAAUUCCACCUUGCUCUGCAUCUCCUGUCCCAUUUGGAAUAUUUGAAGGGUGAUUUUCCACCCCUGUGUGGAUGGAAGGAACUGUUCCACCUGCACAAAAAUUCCAGAAUAUUCCCAGCUCCCUGUGUAGCCCCUCAGGAACAUCCCUAAAAAAUUUACCAACUUGGAAGAAGAAUUUCCUUCCUUUGCUGUGCUUUAGAGAAAGAAUUGUAAUAAUUAGGAUAUAAUUAUCAUAAAAUAAUUAUCCCUAAGGACCAGAGCAGUUAUCCAGGUGCUAAUGAAGGAAUUUUGUUACUCCUGCAAAAAUCUCGGCUAAUUAGAGCUACCCCCCCCCC